AUGAAAUUAGCUACCAGCUUUACCGGUAUCCUCUUCUGCCUUUCUGGCGCUCGCGCUGCUGUUGAACAAGCAUAUGUGUGCCUUAAGUUUCCGGGUACCAGCAGCUUCAUAGCAGCUGAUGACCCUGGUAGAUGUGGGUACAUGCAGUCGUCUCCUGGUACAGAUGAGAUGGAAAUGUGGGUUGGCCGGAAAUGCUCCAUGGACUCGCCCUGCAAGCACAAUAGCACUACGUGUAGUUGGCAGGUUGACGGUGACAAGGCAACGUGCAGCUAG